ACAGAAGUACUAUAGCAGACAUAGCUCAACAAGCAUCACGUAUCGUCAUUUACUGUUGCCGCCCUUUCCCUGGAAGAAAACAAAACCCGAGUUGACGACGCGCAGCACGUCCUUCCACAUUUAGUCGGGGAUGCUCCAACACAGGCUACAAAGCAACUAUCAUGCCUCCUGCAGCAAACCUUGGAGCGGGCUCGGAUGUCGGAGCGGUUUUGCGUUCCUCAGAGCUAGAGCAGAGCGUUGCCGGGGCAGGCUUAUAGUGGUGCGCUCUGCUGAGGAGAUUGCGGCGCUAACGGCGGUUGCUCAUUCUGAGGCUGUUGAGCGCGAGCGGGAGCUCCUAAAAAGUCAUGCAACUCCACAACUCCGCGAGAACCUUUUGAAGCACGGCUUCGCGGACCAGGCGCUGCCGGAAUCGCAUGAUGAGCUCCUGCAGCUGCUGGCGGGGGCGAACCUCAAAGCGCGCUCACAGGUGGUAUCAUUCCCGUUGCGCAAGACACCGCGCAGCCCGCGGGCGAUCAAAUCCUUUCUGGUGGCGCCCAUUGAUGUGGAGGACGUGGGCUUUGUGAACUUCCUGCUGGACAGCGGCAGCAGCGGGGCGCUCAUCACCGGCGAGCUGCGCGACGUGCUGGGGCUCAGCCCCACCGACGGCCAGGUGGUCAAGGGCGUGGACAGCAGCGGCCUGACGCUGCGUCAGAAGGUGAGGCUGCCGCCGCUGCGGCUGGGGCCGCAGCUGCUGGACAUCCGGGACGCCUACGUCACCACCCUCAAGUCCGACCACGAUAUUGACGUCGGCGGCGUGCUGGGCCUCAACUUCCUGCGCAUGUUCGAGGUGGAGAUCUGCCAGGACCGGAAGCGCAUGGCCUUCCACCCGCCCGGCCACAUCGACAAGGGGGUGCUGGACGUGGCGGGUAUGGCGGUGCUGCACUGCGACGUGCUCAAGGGCGGCCUGCUGGGCGUGCCCGUGUCGCUCAACGGCUCGGCCCGCUUCCCCGCCAUCCUGGACCUGGGGGCUAACUUCUCCAUCCUCAACUGGCCGGCGGCGGAGCUGGCGGGCGUGCGGCGCGGCGCCGACGGCGCACCCGCGGACAGCAGCAUGCAGGAGCAGGUGACCAGCAUCGACGGCCAGCGCAGCAACCGCAUCCGCCGCGGCUAUCUGGACGUGGUGCUGGGCGGAGAGGACACGUCGUACGUGCCCAGCCGCUCCCUGGCGCUCAUGGUCCGCGACAUCCCCUCCUUCGCCGUGCUGGGCUUUGGCGAGUCGCCCGUCAUGGUGCUGGGCUACGACCUGCUGUCCGCGGACCGCCUGGUGCUGGACCUGCGCAACCAGCGCAUCUUCAUAAAGUAGCGGAGGCGUGGAGGCGUGGAGGUGGAGGGAGGGAGGGAGGGAGGGAGGGGAGAGGGAGGGGGUAGGGGGAGGGGUUGUGAGGGAUGGGCGGUGGCAGGCUGAGGGGCGGGUGCAUGCCACAGAAGGGGCGCAAGGAGGGCGGCGAGGAAGAGGCGGCUGGAGCGUUGCGUGGUGGAGGGAGAUGAGGCGCAGCGGCGCAUGACUAGAGGCGGGACAAGUGUGUGGGAGCGAAGGGCUGUAGGGCUGUAAGGAGCACGUUGCGUCGGGUAACCUUGGUUCGUGUGAAUGGGACGUGUGGGCCGGGCCGGGCUGUUGCAGGUUGCCUGUUACGGCGUGGAGAGCGUGCAGAGUUGAGUGCACUGCUGAGCGAUUGCAAAAACACGCAUUGUGCAAGGUUGUGGAAGUUGCAGGCGUGCCUCCUGGCCGGAGUCGAGGGCAAAUGGAAAGAAACCGGCCCCGAGAAGAACGGUGCACUUGCGAAGGCCGCAUGCAACACGAGUGAGUAUUCGAGGGCGUUAUCUUGCACUGCAUGGCAUGCUGCAUGGGCAUCUUGAAUGCGAAUAACUACAGACUGCAGAUGUAGGUGAAUCUGUGCUUAUUGUUCAGUAUCCCGUAUUCAGUUUCUGGUGUUGCUGCUUAGAGCCGUAGCCAUUCAAGUGCGGACACGUGCGACGUAGAGUUGGUUCUUGGUCCCAAGGCGGGCUUAGGGUCGGGAUCGCCUGUACCUUUUAUUGAGGUUUGUACAUUACGGUAGCCAUUGCGCGUGCGUUCAUGUCACGUGCUGCGUAUGAUACGAGCGUUCAGUAACCGUAUGCUACUUGUGCGACUGUGGUCGACCUGGGCAUGUUGCCGUGCGGGGGCAGAGGUGCGUGUUGAUGGGGUGUGGACGGUAUCUACUGUGUUGGCGAAGAAUGAGCAUAGGUACGGACAAUGCAGCAGGUAGAAGAGUCUGAAGGAGAGCUGGAUGUCGACGGAAUGGAGUACCGCUGGCGGAGUGGGGUCAAUCAUAAAGAGACGUAAAGAGUGUCCUUAAAGGGGACCAGU